AUGCAUCAUUUUGACCUGCAGCCAGCCGUUGCAGCCCAGUCAUCAGACCUAACAUCUAACAGCGGCGACACGGAAGGAGAUACUUGCACCAUCUGCUUUGAGGCAUGGACCACUGCAGGGGAACACAGGCUCUCUGCUCUGCGCUGUGGACACCUGUUUGGGAAGACCUGCAUUCAGCGCUGGCUCAAGGCUCAGGGCUCAGCUGGUAAAUGUCCACAGUGCAACAAGAAAGCAAAGCCGUCUGACAUUGUGCUGCUGUAUGCUCCAAAAGUGAGAGCCCUGGACAACUCUGAGCAAGAGCAUUUAAAAAGAUCUCUGGAGCUGGAGCAAUCUCUGAGGAGGAAAGCUGAACUGGAAUCAGCCGAGUAUAAACUGAAGUUUCAGGCCGUCACCAGCAAAUAUGGACAGGCGCAGCAAGAGCUGCAGGAACUAAAAGCGUUGAUGGCCCAGACAGGAAGAAGCUCGGCUUCCCCCUCAUGCUCCUCUUCCUUCUCCCCUCUGUUAAGCCUGUCUCAGAGGCUGGAGGGCUCCAGGACCUCACAGUACAGCUUCUCUAAGGCGGUGCUGGUGUCUCAGGCAGGUGGCUGCAGAGUUCUGUCCUACUGUGAACCUCUGUGCUGUCUGCUUGCCUCACAGCCAUCCCCUCACUCCACACUAGUGCCAGGUUGUGGAGUGAAAAAGGUGAGCUUGGUCAACAUGAAAGCUAGUCAGUAUGUUCCAAUCCACAGCAAACAGAUAAGGGGUCUGUCCUUCAGCAAGGAGAACAACAGUCUGCUUUUAUCUGCUGCGCUAGACAACACCAUUAAACUAACAAGUUUACUUACCAACACGGUGGUUCAGACCUACAAAACGGAUAAACCUGUAUGGAGCUGCUGCUGGUCUUUGGAUAAUAGUAACUAUGUCUAUGCUGGUCUAAGCAAUGGCUCGGUGCUGGUUUAUGACACCAGAGAUACCAGCACACACGUUCAUGAGCUGGAACCUCUUCGAUCCAGGUGCCCAGUUGCAUCUUUGUCCUAUGUACCACGGGCGGCAUCUAGCUCUUUCCCCUGUGGUGGACUUAUUGCCGGAUCACUGGAGGGUGCUUGUUUCUGGGAGCAGAUGAAUGAAACCACAUACACACCCCAUAUGCUGCCUCUAGAGAGUGGUGGCUGCACAGAUAUCCAAGUGGAGACAGAGAGCAGACACUGUCUGGUCACAUACCGGCCUGGACGCUCUCAUCCGACUCUACGAUGCGUCCUGAUGGCACUGACUCGCACCCCUCAACAGGACUCAAGCCAGCUGCCCAGCUGCUCCUGUUCUCCUGUGCAGACAUUUAAUGCAGGUUCAUCCUGCAAAUUGCUCACCAAGAACACGGUGUUCAGGAAUCCAGACGGACAUGGCAUGCUGGUCUGCGCUGGGGAUGAGGCCUCCAAGUCCACCCUGGUGUGGGAUGCAGGAAGUGGCACUCUGCUUCAGCAGCUUCCAGCUGACCUCCCAGUGUUGGACAUUAGCCCCUUUUCUGUAAAUGGGGAAAACUAUCUGGCUUCGCUUACAGAGAAGAUGCUGAAACUUUACAAAUGGAAUUGAAGGACAUCUUUGCUGUGUUUAAGGUGCAGAUCACAAGGAAUUAGAUCUCAUAAGAAUAGCAGACAUUAAAAUCUGCUAAAUAUUAUCUUCAACCAACAACCGAAUUGACCAAGUUGAAUAACUUGGCUCCUAUUUUUAUUCCAGGAUGGAUGUUAUAAGAUUGUGUUUACAUAAAGGUCGUUGUGAUUUCUUAGAAAGCCAAUCCUCCAGUAAAACUCUGCAGAGUUCUGUUUUAGCUGCAUAGACACCUGUGAUGCUUUUAUCAUGUGGGUCUGUUAAGGGAAAACAUUUGCACUGCAGGUCUGUAAAUUAUGCUUACCGUCAGGCCCACCUAACUAUAGGAACAUAAAAGCUAAGACAUGUUCAUCAUAAGUCACAACAAAUUCUGCUACAUCCCCCUUGUAAUGGAUCAACCAGUAAGUCUUUAUCAGUUCAUUUAUAUUGCAUUAACAAACGUUUAUUUUUCUGCUUUUUCUAUAUGUUUCAAUUAAAUGGGUUAACUUCUCACAGUGGAACUUUAUGUGGCCAACUAUUCUAAUGUUAUAAACCUAAUUUCUAUUUUUGGUAAAGUUAUAUAUAUAUAUAUAUUUCUUACCAGCUGGUUUUGUACAACUUUGGAGUUAAUAAAAAUUGCCUUUU